CCCUCCCCCCUGUAUCAGAGGAGUAGAAACAACAAGCGCCAUUUUGUUUAGCGGACAGACCGUCAGAAACGGGAGGAGAUAACCGAGAGAAGGAGCGAUUCCGGCAACCGACGGCAGCUACACACCGGGAACCACCGGAGGAAGAAAGAGUGGCGAAAUCCUCUCCGUGUUAUCAAGACCGAGAAAGCACCGGCGAAAAGAUACGACGUCAGUGGAGAGGAAACCGAAUCGGUGAUAUAUGUAUGCGUGAGAAGGAAAUACUCCGAAAAUCCAAGGAAGGGGGUGUUUUGCGGAGCGGAGACAGAGGUGGAGAGGCGGAAGAGGGCUAUAUGUAUUAUCAUAACGAGGAAAAACCUGCGAAAAAGGGAAAACAUCAACAUGAAAAAUCAGUAUGUGUCCCUCGCGGAGGAAGGAAAGAGUCCGCAUAGACAAUUAUAUAAAUAAAUUGCUGCCGGGCAGAAGGGAAAGGUGGAAAGAAAGACGGGUUUAAAGAGAAGGGUAAAAUUGCCAGGAUCAACACGAAGGGGGGCAUUCUCCAUCACAAAGAGUCAAUGAGAGGAUUUUGUCAGCCCAAAAUAUUGUAGGGGGGGUGUCAACAUUAGUGUGCCGAUCUGAAAUAAAUAGCCAUAAUUUCUUAGCGACCUAACGUCAUUUUUUUUGGUAUCACAUUUUUGCCUGUCGCCUUCGCUGUGCUCCGGUUUUUGGUUAACAUCUUUUUUUCUCUCUCUCUCUCUCUUUUUACUUGCAUGGCAAAGACAACCUAUACGCAGAAAAUUACAGGUAUAUUUUUUGAAAUAUGUAUCAUUCUUUUCAUUUUCUGAGAUUUAAAGUGCUUGGACCAAGCGAAAACCGGAGGAGGAACCUCUUGUGGAGCACAAGAUAAGUAACCCCACAGAUAGUCCUCUGCAAAAUAAAACUAAUUGGAUCAAUCUGACUGACCACUGAUUGGCAAUUAGCGCUGUGAUUGCCCUCGAGAACUGUACUGUCCAAGAAAUAAAGUCUGCAUUAGAAUCGAUUGCACAAGAGCAGGGAUUUUUGACAAGAUUUUCUAUUUUCAACCUUUGCCAUCCCCGCUGCCUGCAAUAGGCACAAUCGCGCUAAAGGGUUGCAACAACCAAAUGUGCAAUAUACGAGUCCGUUUUUUUUCUCUGACCCAGUGCCUUGCAUGGUCAAACACUAAGUGCACAUUUUAGUCAGCAUGCACAUGCAAAAUAAAAGUCAUGCAUGGGUAUAUACAUUCGCAAUAUAUUUCCCUUUUAUCUGAGUGACUGCAAGUGUGAGACUCCGGUGUUUUCAUCUUUCUGCAGGACUGUUAUACUAUUUAUUCAGUUACUGUUAAGCCAAUGCAAGUUUUUUUUUUUCUUCUUCUCAGUAUUGCACUUGAGAGUACCACUUACGCUUUAAUUGUAUUUGAGAACUACUGCUGGUGGUGUCACACACCGGUUGACUGCCUUUUUGGUCUGGAAACGUGAAGGAAUCAGCGGCAGCAGUGAGAUGUGUGGUCAGGUGAGAGAAAUGGUAAAUGCAAUUGAGGAUCUGAAAACUGUUGCAUGAGAGAACGGCCUCCGCAAGUUAACACAGGGAUACUCCUGGUUUGUAUUUUUGGGUCGUAAUUAUCAUUUCCGAGACUCUCCACUGGGCCGUUUCAGACCUGAAAUACAGGAUUUCUCCGCCGACUAUGGCGGACAGGACUGAGUGCAGCACGGAGGACGGAUCUUGGGACAUUUUUUGUGUCGCAGAAGAGGCUACAUGAGGUUGUCAGAGGGCCGCACGCUUGCCUUUUUUGCCGACUCCACCUUCCCACCUCCUCCUGUUCAAAUCUGUGAAGAAACAAAAUCUCCGACAGGGGAGGGGGACUGAUAUCUGCAGAGAGGAAUAAACUGUGAGGGAAAGAGUUCAACAUUGCUCUCUUCUCCCCUACCGUCCCCCAAGCGGUGGGGGAACGAUCAGAAGCGUUUCUUAAAGGGAUAAGGAGACGCAAAUAAAGGAAAUACGUUUGCCCUCCGUGGAUCUACAGCAUUUUUUUUUUAAUUCGUCAAAAAUAUGGCCGAUAAUGUCCUGGAGUCCGGCCCGCCUUCAGCCAAGAGGCCCAAGCUGUCCUCUCCAGCUCUCUCGGUGUCUGCCAGUGAUGGAAAUGAUUUUGGUUCACUCUUUGACCUGGAACAUGACCUCCCAGAUGAGCUCAUCAAUUCCACUGACCUGGGGCUAACCAACGGAGGGGAUGUUAGCCAACUCCAUACCAGCCUUGGCGGACUUGGAGGAGGGCUCGGUUUGGGAGGCCAAGAUGCAGCUGCAAAACACAAACAGCUGUCUGAGCUCUUGCGUGCUGGAGCACCAGCACAGCAGGGUGGCCCUACAUCCAACAGCACAGCAUCUGGGGCUUCCAUGGGGAUGAUGGGGAGUGUCACAGUCUCCCCUGGUGGACCACAAGGCAUGCCCCCCCAGGGCCAGCAGCAGCAGCAACCUGGUUUAAUGCAGCAGGUUGGGAUGGUUGGUGGGGUUGCAGCGAUGAGUCGGGCAGCUGCAAUGAUGGGUGUCCAGAAGGGCAACACUGGACAGCAGCAGCAAGGCCUGAUGGGUGGGCAGGUGAUGAAUGGCUCGCCAAGAAUGGGUUACCCCGGCAGUGCAGGCAUGGGUAACAACAGUAAUCUGUUGGCGGAAACCCUACAGCAGCAGCAAGGCAGUCAGCAAAUGGGACCCGGGGGUCAGGCAGGGAUGAGACCACAGCAACCCGGAGCACUAAACAAGAUGAAUAUGAUGGCCAAUGCGGGCCCCUAUGGUGGUCCGUACGGCCAGUCUGGCCAGGGGCUGCCAGGAGCAGGGCCGGGCCCACAGCUCCAGAAUAAGGCAGGCCUGCCCAACAAUAUGGCCAACCAGUUUAACAUGGACAAGAAGGCCCCACCGGGUCAAGGCAUGCCUGGGAUGGCCUCUCAGCAGCAGCAGCCCGGAGCAGUUGGUGGCGUAUCCGUCAGCGGAGCAGCGACAGUGGGAGGCGCCCAGGUUGGGCUUAAUGCCGUAGGGGCGGGUCCCGGCACAGCGCCCCCUACCGCAGACCCCGAGAAACGGAAGCUGAUUCAACAGCAACUGGUCCUCUUGCUCCACGCGCACAAGUGCCAGCGGAGGGAGCAGGCCAACGGGGAAGUGCGGCAGUGCAACCUGCCCCACUGCCGCACCAUGAAAAACGUGCUCAACCACAUGACUCAUUGCCAGGCUGGCAAGUCCUGCCAGGUGGCACACUGUGCCUCAUCCAGACAGAUCAUCUCUCAUUGGAAGAAUUGCACACGACAUGACUGUCCUGUAUGCCUGCCACUGAAAAAUGCUGGAGACAAGAGGAAUCAGCAGUCACUUGUUAACAGUGCAGGAGUGGGUUUGGUGAACGCUUUAGGUUCAGGGGUGCCUGGUGGACAGUCCAACACUCCAAACCUAAACCCUCCCAACCAGAUUGACCCCAGCUCCAUAGAGAGGGCCUACGCUGCGCUAGGCCUCACUUACCAGGGCAACCAGAUACUACAGCAAGCCAACAUGCCAAACCAGGGACUGCAGGGGCAGCCUGGGAUGAGGACUCUAAACGCCAUGGGUGGAAACUCUAUGGGAGUGAAUGGUGGAGUUGGGGUGCAAUCCCCCAACCAGCAGUCCAGCCUACUGCCAAACGCCUUGUUGCAUAGCAGCAUGAAUGCACAGAGUUUGAUGAACGAUGGUGUGGGGAACUUGGGCUCAAUGCCCACGGCAACUCCUCCUUCUGCUGCAGGGAUGAGGAAGUCCUGGCAUGAAGACAUCACGCAGGACCUCCGCAACCACCUUGUCCACAAGCUUGUGCAGGCAAUCUUCCCCACUCCUGAUCCGGCCGCCCUGAAGGAUCGGCGGAUGGAAAAUCUAGUGGCUUACGCUCGGAAAGUAGAGGGGGACAUGUACGAGUCGGCCAAUAGUAGGGCGGAGUACUACCAUCUGCUGGCAGAGAAGAUCUACAAGAUCCAAAAGGAGCUGGAGGAAAAGAGAAGGACACGACUCCAGAAGCAAGGCAUGAUGCCCGGCCAACCUGGCAUAGCCUCCCCAGGCCUCCCGCAGGUGCCUCCCAGCAUGGGACAGCCGCCCAUGGCCCCUGGUCAACCCCCGAAUGGUCCUCACCCUGAUCCGUCCAUGGUCCGACCAGCUGGACCCAAUCAGAUGGUCAACCGGAUGCAGAACCCACCAGGAAUGAACCAGUUUGGUCAGAUGGGGAUGCAGUCGAUGGGUCAGAGGUCUCCUCUUCCUCUUAAUGCUCCCAUGAACCAGAUGGGUAUGGGGGCAACGAGGAUGGGUCAGCCAAAUGCUACACAGUUACAGAACCAGUACCUCCCUCCAGGCCAGUUUCCUGGGUCCAGUCCUGGACUUGGUUCUGGUCCUGUUGGCAUGAACCAGCCAGGAGCACAGACUGCUGUGCCACAGCAGAACCAGAUGUCAACGCCACCUUCGCUCCCAGUCAGCAGCCCUGCAGCACAGUCUGCCUCUUCUGCUCCAGGCUCAGCAGCCCCUGUAGGCUCCAUGGGGUCUGGUAGUGGCAGUAGAGCUGGGCCCCCGCCCAACAUGCCUCCAUCCUCCACCCCCACCCAGCCUAACUCAUACCCUCACUGCCCACCCAUCCGAACAAACUCCCCCUCACCGGCACGCAGCUUAACGCCUCAACCGCAUCAAACACCCCCCACGUUACCUCGCUCUCAGACCCCACAGCCACAGACUCCCGGCACACCCCAGCUGCCCUCUCCACAGCACCCCCAGCAACAACAUCCGCAACAACAGCAGCUACAGCAGCAGCAGCAACAACAACAACAACAACAACAGCUACAGCAACAACAACAUCAACAGCUACAGCAACAGCAACUACAGCAGCAGCAGCAGCAGCAACAGCAGCAGCAGCAGCAGCAGCAACAACAACAGCAGCUACAGCAACAACACGCUUCACAGCAGCCAUCGGGGCAGGCGGUGAACUCUGAAAAGGCCAAUCAGAUUCCACAGCAGACUCUUGGGGGUGGGGCUUCCUCAGGCCCCCAAGUAGGUCAAGCUUCUUCGGUGCCUACCCAGAAUGCCCAAGUGCCAUUGCAGCAGCCGCAGACCCCACUAUCCAUAAAGCCUUCUCUGACUGGUGAUGGUCAGGUGUCCUCCCCCGGCUCGGUCAGCAGCAGUGCAGAUACCAACUCCCAGCUCACCCAGGUGGACGGCCCUGCUCCCAGCCAGGAAGAUGUCAAAAUGGAGGUGAAGAAGGAGGAGGAGGACGAUGAAGGGGCUGACACCGAAGGAGAGGGCAAGGGGAAGAUGGGCAAGGGUCAGCAUGAUGUGAAAACAGAGGAGAAACCAGAGAUAAAGAAAGAGAAGCCGUCAGGAGAUGGGUGUAAAGGCGAGCCCAUGGAUACAUCUUCAUUCUCCGCGUCAUCGUCGGUAGCAACGGGUGAAGACAAGAAGCCGGAGGUGAAGAAAGAGCCCAAAGAGGAAGAGGAGGGGUCAGGGUCAACAGCCAACAGCAGCUCUCCAGCUAGCGCUCAGAGCAAGAAGAAAAUCUUUAAGCCGGAGGAGCUGCGUCAGGCUCUAAUGCCCACCCUGGAAGCUUUGUACCGGCAGGACCCUGAGUCCCUUCCUUUCCGUCAGCCGGUGGACCCCCAGUUACUGGGAAUACCCGACUACUUUGACAUUGUGAAGAACCCCAUGGAUCUGUCGACCAUCAAGCGGAAACUGGACACAGGACAGUACCAAGAGCCUUGGCAGUACGUCGAGGAUAUCUGGCUGAUGUUCAACAAUGCCUGGCUGUACAACCGCAAGACGUCCCGCGUCUACAAGUACUGCUCUAAGCUGGCUGAGGUGUUUGAGUCGGAGAUCGAUCCCGUCAUGCAGGGCCUGGGAUACUGUUGUGGGAGGAAGUAUGAGUUUUCCCCCCAAACUCUAUGCUGCUAUGGAAAACAAUUAUGCACCAUCCAACGUGACGCUGCUUAUUUUAGCUACCAGAACAGGUACCACUUCUGUGAGAAGUGUUUCAACGAAAUCCAGGGCGAGAGUAUUUCCUUGGGGGACGACCCCUUGCAGCCUCAGACGUCCAUCAACAAAGAGCAGUUCCAACGGAAGAAGAACGACACACUCGACCCUGAGUUACUUGUGGAAUGUAAUGACUGCGGUCGUAAAAUGCACCAGAUCUGUGUCCUGCAUCAUGAUACCAUAUGGCCGUCGGGCUUUGUAUGUGACAACUGCCUCAAAAAGGCCAAUAAGACGCGGAAAGAGAACAAAUAUGCAUCCAAAAGACUUCCUCAGACCAAGUUGGGGUGCUAUUUGGAGACACGAGUGAAUGAUUACAUCAAGCGGCACAAUCUCCCUGAAGCUGGCGACGUCACCGUCCGUGUGGUGCAUGUCUCAGACAAGGUGGUCGAGGUCAAGCCGGGCAUGAAGUCCAGGUUUGUCGACAGUGGAGAGAUGUCGGAGUCCUUCCCCUACAGGAUGAAAGCCCUGUUUGCAUUUGAGGACAUCGAUGGAGCGGAUGUGUGUUUUUUUGGCAUGCACGUACAAGAGUACGGCUCAGACUGCCCGCCUCCCAAUCAGAGACGAGUGUACAUCUCUUACCUGGACAGCGUGCACUUCUUCCAACCUCGAGUCAUCAGAACUGGUGUCUACCACGAGAUCCUGAUAGGCUACCUGGAGUAUGUCAGGAGGCAGGGGUAUACAACGGGUCAUAUCUGGGCCUGUCCACCCAGUGAAGGGGAUGAUUACAUCUUCCAUUGUCACCCAGCGGACCAGAAGAUCCCCAAGCCAAAACGGCUGCAGGAGUGGUACAGGAAGAUGCUGGACAAGGCUGUUGCUGAGCGUAUCGUACACGAUUACAAGGACGUCUUCAAGCAGGCAACAGAGGACCGGCUGACCAGUGCCAAAGAGCUGCCAUACUUUGAAGGUGACUUCUGGCCCAACGUACUGGAAGAGAGUAUCAAGGAGCUGGAGCAGGAAGAGGAGGAGAGAAAGAGAGAGGAGAACAGUACCUCCAACGAGAGCACAGAUAUCACAAAAGGAGACAGCAAGAAUGCCAAAAAGAAGAACAAUAAAAAGACAAGCAAGAACAAGAGUAGCAUGAGCCGAGCCAAUAAGAAGAAACCAGGGAUGCCCAAUGUUUCCAAUGACCUUUCCCAGAAACUCUACGCCACCAUGGAGAAACAUAAAGAGGUGUUCUUUGUCAUCCGCCUCAUUGCUUGCCCCACCGCCAACUCGUUGCCCCCCAUCACUGACCCUGACCCCCUCAUGGCCUGUGACCUGAUGGAUGGCCGCGAUGCCUUCCUGACUUUGGCCAGGGACAAGCACCUGGAGUUCAGCUCUCUCAGGAGGGCCAUGUGGAGCACCAUGUGUAUGUUGGUGGAGCUGCACAACCAGAGCCAGGACCGCUUCGUCUACACCUGCAAUGAGUGUAAACACCACGUGGAAACCCGCUUCCACUGUACCGUCUGCGAGGACUAUGACUUGUGCAUCACCUGCUACAACACUAAAGGUCACGAGCACAAGAUGGAUAAGCUGGGGCUCGGACUGGACGACGACAGCAACAACCAGGCAGCAGCAGCUACCCAGAGCCCCGGAGACUCUCGCCGUCUCAGCAUCCAGCGCUGCAUCCAGUCACUGGUCCACGCGUGCCAGUGCCGCAACGCCAACUGUUCCCUGCCGUCCUGCCAGAAGAUGAAGCGCGUUGUUCAGCACACAAAGGGCUGCAAGCGCAAGACAAAUGGCGGCUGUCCCAUCUGCAAGCAGCUCAUUGCUCUGUGCUGCUACCAUGCCAAACACUGUCAGGAGAACAAAUGUCCCGUCCCGUUCUGUCUGAACAUCAAACAAAAGCUGCGGCAGCAGCAGCUGCAGCACCGGCUCCAGCAGGCCCAGAUGUUACGGAGGAGGAUGGCCAGCAUGCAGAGAGUGGGGCAGGCAGCCGGAGGGCCACCGGGAGGACCUGUAGGACUUCCAUCGCCAGGGAACAAUGGUACCACGGCACCCAGUACCCCAACCUCUGGUGGAACCCAGCCCCCAACACCCCAGACACCGACUCAGACCAUGCCUCCAGUCACGCAGCAGGGAAUGGGCUCUGGACCUGGAGUUCAGCAGCAACAGCAGCUGGGGGGAAUGCCCCCACAAAGUGCCAUGCCUUCUCAACACCCCCUUCACCACCAGUUCCAGCAGAUGGCAGGUGGAGGAGGCGGGGCUGGGGGGUUAAUGAGCUCGCCCCAACAUCAGCAGCAGAUGCUUUCUCAGGGCCAGCAGCAGCAAAUUGGAGCUGGGACCAACCCCCAACAGCUCCAUCAGCACCCCAACAAUUUGCCUCCAUAUGCCAGCAGACCCCCGGGCUCCUCCCCGAUCCAUCAGUCCCAGGGCAAACCGGUCCUUGGCUCUGCAACACCUCCCCAGCAGCAGCUUGGUGGGAGUAUUGGGGGCCAACAGCCUCUGAGCCAGGCCCAGGGCCAGCCACAGCAACAACAGCAGCCCACCUCUGGCCCUCCGCCGGCAGCAGUAGAAAUUGCCAUGAAGAUCCAACAGGUAGCCGAUGCUCAGAGGAAGAUGGCUCUUCAGAGACAAGCAGCUCAGGCAGCUGCCGGUUUGAUGCCUCCUCACCCUCACCAUCAACAGGGUCAGGGCCAACAGAUGGGCAUGGGGCACCCAGGGGCUGCAGGGAUGGCUGGAACCCAGGGUAUGCCUCCACAGACACAAGCAGCGGUGGCGGCUUCCCGGGCCCACAUGGAUCAACAACAAGGUGCUCCACCGGGGAUGAUGGUUGGCGCUGGUGGGCCCAUGCAGCAACCCCCUCAGCAGGGUAACCUGCCCCAGGGCCAUCUACCCCCUCAGGUACAGCUUCAACAGCAGAGGAUGGGUGUUCCACAUCAAAACCCUCAACAGCAGCAGCAGUGGUCAGGCCAGGGGAUGCCACCUCAGCAGAGGCAAACUAUGAUGAACCAAAUGAGCCAACAAGCCAUGAUUGCAGCUCAACAACAACAACAACAACAGCAGCAGCAGCAGCAACAACAACAGCAACAACAACAACAGCAACAACAACAACAGCAACAACAACAACAGCAGCAGCAACAACAACAACAGCAGCAGCAGCAACAACAGCAAAUACAACAGCAGCAACAAGCUCAGGGCCAUGCUGCCUUGAUGAAUAUGGUGCAGCAGCAGCAAGGUGCUGGUGGUGGGAUCCCAGGAGGGGCUGUCCCUGGAGUUGCUGGUGUCCCCGGGGCUGGUGUUGCUGGUGGGAACAUCCCCCAGGCAGCCCUUCAGGAGCUGUUACGGACUCUCCGCUCACCUAGCUCACCACUCCAGCAACAGCAAGUCCUCAACAUCCUGCGAUCUAACCCACAGCUCAUGGCUGCUUUUAUCAAGCAGAGGGCCUCAAAAUACAAGGGGGCUCAGGGGGGACCAGGUGGUGUACCUGGAGGUCCUGGUGCCACGGGGGGUCCUGUUGGUAAUGUCAUGGCAGGAGGGGGCCCACAGAUGAACAUGAAUGCUACAGCUGGCGGCCAGCCAGGGAUGCAUAUGGGGGGUCAGGGAGGGACAAAUGUCAACAUGACCACUAUGGCCCAGCUACAGCAAGUACAGCAGCAGCAACAGCUACAGCAGCAACAACAACAACAACAGCUACAGCAACAACAACAACAACAACAGCAACAACAACAGCAACAACAGCUACAACAGCAACAGUUACAGCAACAACAGUUACAACAGCAGCAGCAGCAGCAACAACAGUUACAGCAACAGCAGAGGCCGCUGAUGAGCAGUUUACAACAGCAACAAGUGGCAGCUCUCCAGCAGCAACAACAGCGGCAGCAGCAGCAGCAAGGGGGAGGAGGAGUUAUGCAGGGCCAGGGGCCACAGAUGGGAAAUAUCAGUAACAGUCCCCAGUUUAGAGAGCUGCUGAUGAGACGGCAUCUCCAACAACAACAGCAGCAGCAGCAGCAGCAGCAGCAGCAGCAAAUGGGAGUAAAUCAUGGUCAGUUCCAGCAGCCACAGCCACCACAGGGGCAAAGCUACAUGGGACAGCCUGGAAUGCAGCCUCCUACAGUGGUCCAGGGACAGCCUGGAGGUCCACCUCAUGGCCCCCAGCAGCCUGGGGGUCCCCCAGGCCAGCAGGGGCAGGGUUACCCUGGGUCGGUGACGCAGCAGCAGGUCACAGCUGCACUACAGCAGAGGCUCCAACACCAACACCAGCACCACCUCCAGAUGCAGCAGCAGCAGCAGCAGAAUGCCAUGGCUGGCCUGCCGGGGGGUGAUGCAGGGCCAGGUGGAGGAGGUCCUCAGCAGCCACCUCAGGGCCCUCAGCCCACUCAAAGUGGCCCCCCACCUCCAUCUUCUCAGGCUCUGCUCCAACAGGCCCUCCACCAGAGGCUGCUCCAGCAGCAACAGCAGCAGCAGCAGCAGCAGCAGCAGCAGCAGCAGCAGCAGCAGCAUCUGGGCCCUGGGGGGUCACCAGCCCAGCACAGCAAUCCCAUGAGCCCUCAGCAGCCACAGCAGAUGGCCCAGUCCCCACACCCACACCAACACCUGUCCACAUCGCUAGCUAACCAGGUGCGAUCCCCACAGCCUUCACCCAGACCCCAGUCCCAGCCGCCACACUCCAGCCCGUCCCCGCGCAUGCAGCCCCAGCCCUCCCCACAUCACAUCUCCCCCCAGAUGCAGACAAGUUCCCCACACCCAGGCCACCUGAACCAGCACCACCCGGGCAUGGUGCUCCCUCCACAGCAACAGCCAACGAGCCAGCAGCAGCAACAGAACUCUAUGGAGCAGUUUGGGUCGGACCAGAGCGGCAUGCUAUCUCAGCUGAGUGGCAUGGCUGGUCUACACGGGCCGGGGGGCAACAGUCAGGACCCGCUUGGCCAGAAUAUGAAUCACAACUCUUUAGACCUCAUGUAGGAAUUCUACUUAACGUGUCAAGUUGAGCUGAAACGCUCUGUGAUUCUUCGCACAAACUGCACUCACCCAGGACAGUGUUAUUGUUAUUACUUAGCCUUUCUUUUUUUUUUUUACUAUUAUUAAAUGUUAUUUAAAAUGUUCUCAAUAAAGAUGCAUUGAACUGAACUUCCUAUGGGAGAUGAACAAUAAAUCAAGCAGUCGUUAAAUAAAUUAGAAUAAAUGAAUUGUAAGUUAUUGCUGUUAAUAUAUUUUUUUGCCAAUUGUGGACAAAGAGGGGGAUGGUUUCUCUAGCACCCCCCCUCACCCCCACCUCUUGCUGAAUACAAGAAAGGUGAUAUUUUUGGGGUUUUGGGGGUAAAUAGGAGUACUUUUUUUAAGAAAUGUUUUUAAGAUUUUAAAAGUGGUCAAGAAUUAAAGAUGAAAUGAUUUAAUGCAAAGAACCUUUUUUUUUUAUUGGUUUCGUUACCCCAUCAUUCAGUCUGUCUAUUUCUAUUAUUUUGCAGAAUGAUGUUGAUUAUUAUUAAUGUAAAUCCAAACAUGAUGUAUAUCUUCAUUUUUUUUUUUUUUAAAUGUUUGGGUUUGCUUUAUUUAUUUUCUUUUUUGGGGUGGGGGUGUUAUGUUCCCUGAGACUGCUACAAUUCGUAUAGAAAUAUAUUUUUGUUAUGACUGUUAUGACAGGGGUAGUGGAUAUUUCAUUUCACUUUUAAAUGUCUUUAGUGGGGUCUGCCCAGGUGGGAAUAAUGAAAUGUCAGUGUUUUAUUGCAGUGGUUGGGGGGGGGUCUGCUAUGAGUUUGACAUGUUGAACGGACAUUGGGACGUCCCGGCCUGCUUCUGUAUUGGACAUCGGUCACGCUGGAAGGGACUCCUCCCUCGCAAACGUGCAAGCCCUCUCCCUCGAAUGUGUGUGCACUCCUUCCUUUUUAAAGACCCUUAAUAUGGAUCAGUGGAGGCUUGGGGAGGGGGGGUGCAUACCUGUGUGCCUGAAACAUUUUGAGUACAUGGGCUGGGAUUUGAAAAAAAUGGGUGGGGUGGGCUCCUUCUUAGUGUUUUAAGGAUUCCGCUGUUUGGCCAUAAACAGAGGAUUUUGAUCCAAAUGAACUGUGUUGCACAGAAAAGAGGAAAACAAGGAGGAGAUGUGAGCGGUCUGUCUCGGUCUCUUUCUGCCUCGUCCCCUUUGCUGCUCCCCUUGGACUUUUAAAUCCCCAACCCCCCCCCCUCCUCUUCCUUCUUCUGGAGGAAGUUGCUCUGCCUCCCCCUCAAACUCCAUCCUCUUUAUCUUUCUGCUAAGAACUUUGGGAGUUUAAUUUAAUAUUUUUUACUGUACAAAGGAAACACAAACUGUGGACUCAAAUACUGUUUUUUUAUAAUAAAAUGAAAAUUACCAACA